AUGACAGACGAAGAUGAAGAGGAUCCCAACUUCAAGCCCGUAUUACUCUAAAAUAAAUAUCUUGGAAACUCACUUUGAUUUCAGAAUUCUGAGAUUUCGAGCAGAAAAACAAAGUAUGUGGUAGAUCAGCUGUUAGGAGAAGGAGGUUUUGGAUCAGUCUACAAAGUAAAAGAUUCGAAGACAGGAAAAUUUUAUGCUAUGAAGAUAGAGAAGAAACAAGAUCGAAAGCAGUCAAAGUUGAAAAUGGAGGUUAUUGCACAGUAUAGGAAUAAACUGACACAAAUUAAGCCGUGCAGAUAUUUAUACUGAAACUAGUUUCUAACGAACGGAAGAACUCUCAUUUUACCACGAUUAUAGACAGGGGGAAGAAAGAUAAGGAUGGAUAUUUUUUUCUGGUUAUGGAACUGGCAGGAACAAGUUUGGCGGACUUGAAAAAAAACAGAGAUUCAAAAGUAAAAAAGCCUUCAGCAAAAGUGUUUGUUAUUCAAAAUUUUGAGGUCUUCACAUUACCCACUGGACUAAGUGUUUCUCAGCAAUGCUUGGAAGCUUGUGAGGAUCUUCACAAAUACGGAUUUAUUCACAGAGACUUAAAACCGGCGAACUACGCUUGCGGAAUCGGCUCAAGAAAACAUUCUGUACAUGGUGAACACUCGUGAACAUGCUCGAUUUUGCGUUCAUCGCUUCGUGUCGACGAGUGUACCCCUUCAACACGCUACUGAGUAGUUACAAAUAUUGGGGCGAUAAAUUCAACCACCGUAAAUAAAACCUGUAGUAGAAUGGCACACCAAAUACCGUUCAUUACAGUCGAAAUAUAUCGGCUGCCGGUAGAAACAAAAAAGUUGUCUACUGAAUAAGUUCUCAUAAAAACAUUGUGAAAAUUUUAUGAUUUGGUUACUUUUUGAUAUCUCUACUGGUAGCUAAUAUGCAUAUUCUUGCUUUGACUGUGCAGUUUUAUGGCAGGUUGAAAAGCAUGUUCAGAAAUGUUCACCGUGGUACACCAGUACAGUGUUUUCUGCACAACGCAAUUACUUCAGUUUAUAAAAGAUUUAGAUUCAGAUCUACAUCCUGGACUUUGGAAUUUCGCGUCGAAUCAUAAAUGACCAGAACCAGCUGAAAACACCAAGAGUGACUGUCCGUUUCAAAGGAACUUUGAAAUACGCUUCUUUAUCGUGCCACAAAUCACAAGAAUUAGGAUGGAAAGAUGACUGUGAAAGUUGGUUUUAUCUACUUCUCGACCUCAUAGUAUCAUCAGGUCACAGGUUUUCAUUGGUUCUGAAUAGUAAAUUUUGUAUGCAGGACUACCAUGGAAAAUGAUUACGGAUAGAGACACUGUUUGUAAAAUGAAGGAGGAUGCUCGGUGUAAAAAAGUAUGGAAUAGAAGAUUUAUUUUUUGUUACAUUACUAGUUUGGACUUCAGGAUUUGCUCUUUCGUGGAAUAAAGUGCUUCUCCGAACUCGGAAAAAUUAUAAGUUACAUCGACAAACUACAAUAUCAAGAUCACGUCGACUAUUCUUACAUAUACAAACAAUUAGAAGACGUAAUGGAAAAAUUGAAUAAGGCAAACAGAAAACGUGAACAAUUCAGGGCUGCUCAACUGUCGGUGGAAAGAUGGACGCUCCGUAUGACUGGGAGUAA